CACCAAACAUCAAAGCCUUUCUCAGAGUCCAAAGUUUCGAAAAAUCCACCAGAUCCUCAAUAUGUUGUUGUCUCUCGCUCCGAUGGUAGCAUUGCCAUUGGAUCUCAAGCAGCAAGACCAGAUUCAGUUUGAAGCACUCCGUGCUCACGAUGCUUUCCAGCUAGCAGACAAGCUUACAGCUGUCCCAAUCAAUACACCGAAGUACAAAGUCAAAGAACAGCCAUUUGGAACCUUGCGUCCAUUGAAAGUUGUCAUCAUCGGAGCUGGUGUCAAUGGCUUGAAUAUGCUGCACACAUUGAGAAAUCAAGCUGAACAGGUUGAGUGUGUCAUCUAUGAGAAGAAUCCAGAAUGUGGGGGAACGUGGUAUGAGAACAGAAAUCCAGGAUGUGCGUCAGAUGACCCAUCUCAUCACUACCAGUUUCCACAUACUCCUAACCUAUCAUGGAGCUCCGUCUUCGCACAAGGUGCAGAGAUCAAAGAAUACCUGGAGAACUUGAUAGAUGAGAAUGACUUGAGGCAGAGCAUCCAUUGCAACUCGACAGUAUCAAAUGCUCAAUGGAAUAGAGGGACAAACAAAUGGCUCCUCGAUAUCAAGAACACAGCAACUGGUCAUAGCAGUGAAGUAGAAGCAGACAUCUUCGUCGACGCUACCGGAAUUUUCAAUGAUUACAAGUGGCCUCAGAUCGAAGGGUUACAAUCCUUCAAAGGCAACCUGAUACACACAGCAAAUUGGCCAUCUGAUUUCGAGUUUGAGGGUAAGACAGUCGCCGUUCUUGGCAAUGGUGCUUCUGGGGUUCAGAUAGUACCCGCAAUCCAACCACAUGUAAAGAAGUUAGUGCACUGCAUUAGAUCAAAGACUUGGAUUGCUCCACCAAGCAAGGCCGUUCGGUACUGUCAUCAAUACACCACAGGAUCCAGCAACUUGUUCUCCGAUGAGUGGAUUCGGACUCUUGCUGAGGACCCUCAGAAGUAUAAAUUAUUCUUGGAUGAAAUCGACAGUAUGGCUAGAGAAGACACAUUCAAGACAAUUCUCAAUGGCUCGGAUAAAGCUCGAGAAUCCAUGGAUGUCAUCCGAGCGUACAUGACCAACCAACUCAAUGGUAAUCAACACCUCAUCGACUCCCUGAUCCCAAACAUGCCAGUGGGAUGCCGUCGAAUCACCAGCUCUACGAACUACCUUGAAGCUCUCUGCCAGCCUAAUGUGGAAGUCGAAACCUCCCCAAUUACACAAGUGACUGAGAACAGAAUCAUCCUUGGUUCUGGCAAAUUUCAUAUAGUAGACGCAAUCAUCUGCGCUACUGGCUUUAACACUUCAUUUUUGCCUCGCUUCCCCAUUAUCGGUGACAGUGGCUUGAAUCUACAAGACACGUGGUCGGAACAUAUGGGAGGCCCAAAAGCUUAUAUGAGCAUGAUGGUUGAGGGAAUGCCAAAUUACUUCCGUGAGUUUGCAGUUACUUUCUUUCUCUUCCACGUACUUCUUCCAUUAAUGUUGUCUUCCGUUUCGACAUGUUCAUGUCAUCCCUUCAACAUGAUAGCAGUAUCCAAGACCACGACUAACCACGCUUCCAUCACAGGUAUUCUAGGCCCCAACGGACCCCUCGCUCAUGGCGCAGUGCCCCGUCUCAGCACUCACAUGUGCAACUACAUCCUCUCACAUAUCCGCAAGAUGCAACUAGAAGCUUACUCCUCCAUUCGACCUCUGUCUUCAGCAGUCUCGGAUUUCAACGAGCACAUCCAAGCGUUCAUGCCACGCACAGCAUGGGCUGGUACGUCUUGCGGUGGCUGGUAUAGGACAGCACGGAAUGAUAUGGGGUCUGAGUCAUCGGGACCGGAGGAGAGAGUCACGGCGUUGCAUCCUGGGAGUCAGUUGCAUUGGGAGGAGAUGCUGAGGAAUGUCCGCUGGGAGGAUUUUCAGUAUGGAAGAGGUGGAGAUAGUGGGAAACAGGAGAACAGGUUUGCGUAUUUGGGUAAUGGUUUUGUGGUUAGUGAUCUUGGUGGUAAUUCUUAGGAGUGAAGGUCUCCGAGGUUAAUUUUGUUAUUAUUUUUGUUUGAUGGGUAACUGGUUAAUGGCGUUGUUCUGAUCACAGGCUGGGAUGCUAUUCGUGUCAUAAGUAUAUUUAAUAGGACAAAUAAUAUUACUAGUGGAUCUUCCUG